AUGCCUUCUCCUGCGGCAGGCAGAACCUCAAAUGUCCCAGAGACACCCACAAAGACCGGCAAGAACCCUGCUUCAUCCUCUACUUCCAAGCUUACUGGUGAAGGCACUCCCGGUCGGAAACCGCCCAAGCUAGGCACGUCCAAGGCAACACCAAAGAAACUAGAUUCGCCGAAACCGAAGCCCGUUGAGGAGACCACCAAGCCAGUGGAAGAAAAGGGUGAGGAGGUCCAGGAGGAAGCCCCAGAAGGAAUCAGCAUGAAAGACACCGAAGAGCCUGGUGGCAAGAUCAGCCAACCCGGCGACGACACUGGCGCCGAAACCAGCGAACUUUCCGAAGCUAACCCCGAGCCUAUCCCUGAAGAUGAUGACGAGGAGGAGGAAGAGGAAGAAGGAGAAACAGUCCGCGGAGGCAGAGAUGCUGCCAAAGACGAGGGCACUGAGGGAGAUGAGGAAGAAGAGGAGGCUGGAGAAGAGGGCGAUGCCGCCGAAGAGGCAGAGGACGAGGCCGAAGGCAAAGGAAAGGGUGCUCUUGGCGGCCUUGGAAAGGCCACCAGCGGUGUAACCGGUGCCGGCAAGAAAGUCGCGGGUCGCGUUGGUGGUGCCAAAGACACUGCUACUGGCGCCGCCGGCAAGGCCUCCCAAGGCGAUGUGCAAGGCGCCGCGGAAGAUACGGCUGGUGAUGUCAAGGAUACAGCCGAAGAUACUGCCGGUGACGUCAAAGACACGGCUGAAGACACAGCGGAGGGAGCAAAGGAGACCACCGAGGGAGCAGCCGACGACGUUCCCAAGGACACUGGAGACGUGCCUGAUGUCGAGGAGACAGCAAAUGGCGUUAAAGGUCACGCUGAGAAGGUCGCUGAUGAGGUCGAGGAGACCGCGGAGGAAGGAGUCGACGGAGCGGCCGAGGGGCUGCCUGUCGAUCUGUCCAUCUUGAAGGGUCUCAAGGUCAGCGAGAACGGCGACAUCAAAGACAAGGCUGGCAAUGUGGUCGGCAAGCUUAACGAGGGCGAUCCCGCCGAUCUCGAGGGUUAUGAGAUUGGCGAUGAUGGUGAAAUCCUCGACGAAGACGGCGACGUCGUCGGUCGUGCAAGCGUCAUUCCAGAGAAAGCUCAAGAACUCGCUGGCGAGGCCGAUGCGGAAGGCGCGGUCAACGGGGUCAAAGAUACUGCAGAGGGCGCCCAGGAUCAGGCAGAGGAUGCCGUUGACGGUGUCAAAGACACGGCAGAAGAUGCUGUGGAGACGUAUCUUCCGGACCUAAACGUCCUCGACGGCUUGGAAGUCCAAGAAAAUGGAGACAUUCUGGACAAAGAAGGCAACGUCCUGGGCAAAAUCACCGAAGGUGACCCUGCAGACCUCGUCGGCAUGACAGUCAACGCCGAAGGCGAAAUCCUGGACGAGGAUGGCGACGCGGUGGGUCGUGCAGAGACUCUUCCUCAACCAGUCAAGCAAGCCGUUGAAGAGGCUGCCGGCGAACUCCCUGGCCUCGAUGCACUUGAGGGUCUGGAGGUACAAGAAGAUGGCGCGAUCAAGGAUCAAUCUGGCAAGACCUUGGGCAAGAUUACCGAAGGUGAUCCGGCUGACCUAGUCGGGCGAACUCUCAACGCUGAAGGUGAAGUCUUGGAUGAAGACGGCGAUGUCAUUGGCCGUGCAGAAGUUGUGCCUGAAGCCGCCGGGGCCCUCGAGGGCGUCGGGGAGGAAGCCAAACCAGAAUUUGUCCAGGAAGCAUUCGAAAAGGUGGAAGGCCUUCAGGAUCAAUUGAAGCCUAAUCUCACCAUUGUCGAGGGCCGCAAACUCAACAAGAAGGGUACUAUCCUCGACGACGAGGGAGAGGUCCUGGCCAAACUCGUGGAGGGUGAUGCAAAAGCUUGCGCUGGUAAAACCCCCAACGAGAACGGCGAGAUCCUCGAUAAAGACGGCAAUGUGAUUGGCCGUGUUGAGGUCGUCGAAGGAGAGGCUGCCGAAGAAGCCAUGAAAGAGCUUCAUCCCGAAUUGGUUGAGCAGCUCGAAGAAGCGCAGCAGGCUGCCGAAGAGGCCGAGAAGCAGGCAGAGGAAGCUGGCGACCAGGCCGAUGUUGCCGGCAAAGCUGCAGAUGCUGCCGAAGGUGCUGCUGAUACCGCCGAAGGAGCGGCUGACGAGGCUAAAGACGCAGCCGACAAGGUUGUCAAGCCCGACUUUGCUCAACUCGAGGGCCUCAAGGUCAACAAGAAAGGUGAAGUUGUCAACGAAGAUGGUGAUGCCAUUGCCAAAUUGGCGGAAGGUUUCGACCUUGAAGCUGUUCGUGGCAAGAAGAUCAACGAGAAUGGAGAAAUCCUGGACAAGGAUGGUAAUGUGAUUGGCAGAGUUGAAUUCAUCCCUGAAGCUGUUGACGAGGGUAUCGUCGAAACGAUCGAAGAAGCUGCUCCUGAAGUUCCUGAUACUUCGAUCCUCGAAGGCCUCAAGGUCAACAAGAAGGGUCUAGUUCUCAAUGAGGACGGUGACGAGAUCGCGAAGCUUGUGGAAGGCGAUCUUGCUGCCGUUGCUGGCAAGAAGCUCAACGACAAAGGCGAGGUUCUGGACAAAGACGGCAAUGUCAUCGGCAAAGUUGAGAUGAUUCCCCAAGAAGUUGAGGAGGAAGUUGAAGAAGCUGGCGAGGAGCUUGAUGACGGCCGGCCUUCGCUGUCCAUCCUCGAAGGCCUCAAGGUCAACAAGUCUGGCAAGAUCGUCGACAACGACGGCAAUAUUGUCGGCGAGUUGGUUGAAGGUGACGCCAAGAAACUCUGGAAGUCUGGUGUAACCUGCGACGACCAGGGACAAUUCUGGGACAGCAAGGGCCAUGUCAUUGGCCGUGCACAGACUCUGCCUCAGGAAGAUAAGGAAGAGGAGGCCGAGUUCGCGGGUCUUGAAGGCCUCACUGUUGUGGCUGAUGGAUGGGUUGAAGAUGAGAAUGGCAACAGAGUAGGCCGCAUCGUCGAAGGAGAUCCGAAGAAACUUGUCGGUCGUGCGGUUGACGAAGAUGGCGACAUUAUCGAUAAAAAAGGAAACGUCGUCGGACACGCCGAGAGAUACGAGGAACCGGAGCCGGAGCCAGAAGCAGAACCCGAGAAGAUUGAUCUUUCUGAGCUGAAGGGUUUGACAUGCAACAAGCAGGGCAACGUCAUCGGACCUGAUGGUGUCCCUGUUGCUCGCCUGGUCGAAGGCAACCCCAAGGAGCUUGCAGGCCGCAAGAUCGAUGAGAAUGGCCAGAUCUGGAAUGAUCAAGGUCAAGUUGUCGGUCGCUGCGAACUCAUUCCUUUCAACGAGCGUGAGGCCAAGCCUGAAGGACCUUUUGCUGGUCUUGAAGGUCUCGUCGUUGUCAAAGACGGAUUCGUCGAGGAUCACGAAGGCAACGUUGUCGGCCAGGUCGUCGAGGGCGACUGGAAGAAACUCCUCGGUCGUGGAGUUGACGAGGAUGGUGAUAUCAUUGACAAGUACGGAAAUGUCAAGGGCCACGUCGAGCCAUAUGAAGUGCCCGAAGAGGAAGUUGUCGAGGAAGAUCUCUCCAGUCUCGCUGGCAAGACCGUCAACAAGCAAGGCAAGGUCGUUGACGAACAUGGUACCAUCUUCGGUGAAGUGUCUGAAGGUGACGUCAAACGUCUUGUUGGUUGCAAGGUAGACGGCAAAGGACAAAUCUGGUCCAACGAUGGCAAAGUUAUCGGUCAUGCGAGACUCAUUGAGGGCGGCGAUGAUGGUCGUGCUGAAGGACCCUUCUCCAACUUCGAAUCCGCAACCGUUGAUAAGGACGGCUUGGUCAAGGACGCCGCCGGAGAGAUCGUCGGUCGCGUCACGGAAGGUGAGAUUAAGAAACUGGUCGGUCGCAAGGUGGAUGAUGAUGGAGAUAUCAUUGACAAGAAUGGCAACGUCAUUGGCCAUGCGGAACGAUGGGAGCCAGAGAAGAAGGAGCGAGAAGUCUCGCCCAUGGCUGGCCUACGCGUGAACAAGGAGGGUGAAGUCCGUGAUAAGAACGGAGAUGUCAUCGGAAGACUGACCGAAGGCAACUUGCUUGCUUGCAUCGGCAAGGAAAUCAACGACAAUGGCUAUGUGGUGGAUCAAGACGGCAACAAGAUCGGAGAAUGCACGUUGCUUGAGAACAUCCCCGACGAAGAAGUUGAUGAGGAACCGACGCCCGAGCAACUCAAGGAGGAAGAGGAGCGUGAGGUCGCAAAGAAGAUCUCCAAUAUCAUCAACCAGACCUUGGAAAAGAUGGAGCCUAUCUGCAAACAGAUCACAGAUCUUGUCGAAAAAGCAGACCGCACACCCAAGGACGAGCUCGACGAAGAAAAACUCGUGCAAGAUGUCAAGCCUCUUAUUGAAGAAGGCUCUCGCAUCCUAGGCGAAUGCAACGGUGCGAUCCGCGGCCUUGACCCUGACGGCCAUAUCGCCGCCAACGCCAAAGCCAAGGCUGCCAGCGGCGAAGCUUCUCCAGAAGAAUACCGCGUGGCCGAAGGAUUGAAAGAGCUCACCACUCAGGUUGUCAAGACUAUCGACAACGCCAAGAAGAGAAUCGCGGACAUGCCUCAUGCGAAGAAGAAGCUGAACCCACUGUGGGCGCUGUUGACCGAGCCUCUGUUCCAGAUUAUUGCUGCUGUCGGCCUGCUGCUGAGCGGUGUGCUUGGCCUGGUGGGCAAGUUGCUCAACGGCUUGGGUCUGGGUGGUUUGGUGAGCGGUCUUUUGGGCGGCUUGGGUGUCGACAAGCUGCUGGGUGGUCUUGGUCUGGGCAGUCUGGCGGAAGCCAUGGGUCUUGGUGGUGGAAAGAAGAAGAAAUAG